CCGGAACGUUUCUCCACUAGCUGUGGUUCACCGGGGACCGUUUUGUCUAGCGUUUUACUUCAGCUCGUCAUGCCGACCGAUACGAAGCGAGUUCGAGGGCCUGAGGCGUCUCAGAGUCCGCUCCUGUUCUGGUCCCGACCCGCCAAGGCUCUCCCUUCUCACGGACCCAGAGCGGACGGUCGCCAGCGGGAUCAAGUUGACGUGCGGCCGGUGUUUGUCCGCUGCGGCCUGGUGAGUCAAGCUAAAGGUUCCGCUUACAUCGAGGCUGGAAACACCAAGGUGCUGUGUUGCGUUUACGGACCGCGGGAGACGGAGCGGAGAGAUGAGACUGACAUGAAAUCUGGACGACUGACCACCGACAUGCGCUUUGCUCCGUUUUCCUGCCCGGAGCGCGGUUCCUGGAUCCAGGGCAGCCAGGACAAGGACUUUUCCCUGAUGCUCCAGGAGAGCCUGCAGCCGGCCGUCUGCCUCCAUAAGUAUCCGCGCUCUCAGAUCGAGGUCAACGUCAUGGUUCUGGAGAACAGCGGCUCGAUUCUGGCCCACGCCGUCACCUGCGCCUCCAUGGCAUUGGCGGACGCCGGGAUUGAGAUGUACGACCUGGUACUGGGCUGCUCCCUGCGCCAGGAUGGCGGCUCCUUCGUGGUCGAUCCGACGUACCCGGAAGAGAACAGCUGCAGGUCGGGCAGCGGGGAGAAGCAGGGCAGGCUGACGGUGGCGUUCCUGCCCAGUCUGAACCAGGUGUCUGGGCUGCAGUCGGACGGUGAGAUGGCGGAGGAGACGCUGACGGCAGGGAUUCGGACCUGCAUCGAGGGAUGUUAUAAGGUGUAUCCUGUCAUCCAGCAGGCUCUGAUCAAGGCGGUUCGCAGGGCGGCUCCGCCACCAGCAGAGAGCUGAGAGACACUCAGGACUCACUUCUUCUCUUCUGUCUUUAUGUUCAUUAACAUCACUUGUUUUUUAUCUGCAGUGUUACAAAAAAUAAACUAUUCAUUCCUCAGUAGCUUAA